CUGCUUUAUGAUGAGAUCCACAGCUGGCGGUUAGGUAGCGACUUGUAAUCCUAUCCUGAAUGAGGUGGGGGUCUCCAAGCCGCAUUAAGUUGAUUGCACAGCCUCAGCUCAGAAGGCAAGGAUGGGAAGCAUGGAUGAUAAAACAUCAUUGUUAACUAUCUACGCAGUAUUGGUUCGGGGCAAUGAUCUUUGAUUUUACUCAAGCUUGGCGAUGAAAGUCGAUGAAGUUGAGGUCAUUGCUGGUGUGCAUCUGAGGGGUUGUUACCCAGACAACCACAGUGCGGCCCGUGUUGACAAACCCCAGAUCACCAUCCACCAUCUAUCUCACAAAGCCCGUCCACCGACACUUGUCAUUGCACCCAAAUUUCGUUUCUCAACCUUCAUAUAGAAAUUAAAAAUGGCUAUGGAACCACCGCCUCGACCGUCAAGCUCGCUCUUUGACGUCUUUCUGCGCCUGCGACCUUCCGCUCCCAACAAUGCACGCUUCUUGAACGUGGAGGAGACAACCUCAGCGAAUCCGACACACAUUACGAUCCGCCCACCUACCGAGGAUAAGCGCAAACGUGCGAUUGAGAGAUUUGCAUUCACAAGGGUCUUCGAGGAGGAUGCAAAGCAAGCCGAGCUAUUCAAAUGCACAGGCGUAGUCCCGCUCAUUGAAGGCGUAUUGGGCGCAAAUGGACACCAUGGACGAGAUGGUCUUUUGGCAACACUUGGUGUUACUGGCUCCGGAAAGAGCCACACAAUCUUAGGAACCAAAUCACAACGCGGUCUUACCCAGAUGGCGCUCGACGUCCUCUUCCAAAGCACCGGCGAUCAACUUGUCCAGUCAUUCUAUGGAGCUCCCGCUUUCUCUUCUCUUGCUGCGGCAGAUGUAUCUGAAGCGAACAUGUUCACAGCCACAGCAUUUUUGGACUCAUUGUACGGAGACAACCAGUCAGAAAGGUUCCCAUCGCGGGCCCAAACACCCAUGCCGGACUGCAGUUCGUUCAUUACAAACCCGGGUUCACGUUCGAAGAAUAUCCCCCGCCCUUCCACACUUCCCCAAAGUCCUAGCGUACACGACAUCGACAUCCCGUCCGAUCCUAAUGCAGAGUACGCCAUUGUUAUUUCUAUGUAUGAAGUCUACAAUGACCGCAUUUUCGAUCUCCUCUGCGGCAAUGCUGCGAGGAACAAGCACAAUGUCAAGCGUCGGGCAUUGCUUUUCAAGAGCACGGAACAGAGCCCGGAUCGAAAAGUGGUGGCUGGCUUGACCAAGAUCAUCUGUGGCAGUUUUGAGGAAGCACUCAUGGUCCUUGAGACCGGUCUCAUGGAGCGCAAGGUAGCAGGCACAGGCAGUAACGCCGUCAGCUCCCGAAGUCACGGAUUCUUCUGCGUCGAAGUAAAGAAGAGGCACGCACAGCGAAAGGGUCCUUGGUCUGGCAGUACACUUACCAUUGUCGAUCUCGCUGGAUCAGAGCGUGCUCGUAAUGCGAAGACGGCGGGUGCUACACUUGCUGAAGCCGGAAAGAUCAACGAGUCUCUCAUGUACCUUGGACAGUGCAUGCAAAUGCAAUCCGACAACCAAGAUGGCUCCAAGAACGUCGUGCCCUUCCGACAAUGCAAACUGACCGAACUCCUCUUCUCCAACUCCUUCCCCUCCAACAACUCCCGCCAACACCACCACCACCAACCCCAAAAGUCCAUCAUGAUCGUCACCGCCGACCCCAAGGGCGACUUCAACGCGACCUCCCAGAUCCUCCGCUAUUCCGCGCUUGCCCGCGAAGUGACGGUUCCACGGAUCCCCUCCACCACCUCCACCAUCCUCUCCGGCACCACGCUCAAGCACCCAGGCACCACCGCCUCAGGCCGCACGACGCCCUCCGCCGUGCUCGAAGAACUCGAGUCCGCGAACGCAGAAAUCGCCCGCCUCACCCAAGAAGUCGAGAUCUUCGCGCUGCGGCUCACGGAGGAAACCGCCCGGCGCAAGGCCGCAGAAGCCUCCUGGCAAGCCGCGGAGUCGCACAUGCUAGACAUGGAGCAGGAGAUCCGCGACGAGUGCUUCGCGGACAUGGAGGCCGCGGUCGACCAGGAGCGCCGCAGGUGGCAGGCCGCGUGGGACGCGGAGCAGGACAACAAUGAGAUCCAUCUCGAUCGCAAGAUCGACGUCGUCAUCAAGGCUACCAAGGCCCAGAUGCGCGAGCAGGACAUCAAGAUCUACGAGGACCCGGACCCGGAGUUGAGGGACAGGGUCGACGAGUUGGAGAGAGAGAACGAGGUGCUGAAGGCGAAGAUCGAGGCGCUGGAGAGGGACGGCAUGGCGAGGAGUGCGAGUCCCGUUAAGAAGAUGAGGGUGCUGAAGUCGAAGAAGUGGGAGGAUCCUGAGUCUAGCGUUAGGGUUGGCCUGGACGAUGAGUGAUGCUUUUCAGGUUUGCUCUUUUCUCGCCAUCUCUAUCGAUGACCAUAAUGAUUUUGGCUGGUGCAUGGGUGGUGUUCUAGGUGCUGUUUCCUCUGUCAUGAUGGGUCCUGUUUGUUACUGUCUUGUCAUUCCCUUUUUCCAUAACGAUGAUAUCCCCAGCGGUCAAGCCUCCACGAUACUAUCUGUCCAUAAUCAAAAUCAAUUUCCACAAUUCACAUGAGGUCACACAUCGCGAC